UCGCCCAGUUUGAGACUGCUAGGCUCAGGGCUAGGGGAUCCUGGGAGUUGUAGUUUAGUGGGGUCCCAGAGAAGGCUCAAUGUCCCACAGAGCUAUAGUCCCUGAUUGGACCAAGGCAGUCUCAAAGGGGAUGCAUUCUGCAGUCUCUCCAGACCAAACCCAUAGCCAAGUCGAAAGCUUUCACGGCCAGCAUCCAUAGUCCUUUGUGGGGUUUGGGGGGCUCUGUGGCCAUGUUCUAGAAGAGGUUCUUCCUGACAUGUUACCCGCCUCUGUGGCUGGCAUCUUCAAAUGCGCAGCUUUGCAGCCAGCCGAAGCCAGACGCUGUUUUUGGAGAUGCCUUUUUUCUUCUCGUUUCGUUCUCUCCUUUUCUGUCCUGCCUUUUCCCAGAAAGAGCGCAAGGUGACAACGGAGAGCCCUCCGGUUCCAAAGGAUAGCGGUCUGGCCUCUUUGUGGAUCAGUAAGAGGCUUGAGCCAGGGAGGGAGCCAAGUCCGGCUUGAAAGAGCCCAGCUGCUUUCUAUAAACCAGGUUCUUCCAAAGGGCUGCUCCGGCCAAUGCAGACGGUCGCCUUCUUUGGCUGGGAGGCUGUGUGCAAACAGUGCGCAGGCAAGAACCGUGGAUAAAGCUUAGAGGCCACAAUCCUGUGUUGCGCUUAAAGCAGUGCACCUCGCCUCUGGAGCAAUGGGAUUUCUGAGGCAACCUGCCUGGGCUUGAGUUGUUUGCCGUCGCUGAGCGUUGGACCCGGACUCUGGAGACCAGAGUUCGAGUCCCCACUCGGCCAUGGAAAACCCACUGGGUGACCUUGGGCGGGUCACACCCUCUCGGCCUCCUCAGAGGAUGAUGGCAAAGGCAAACCUCCUCUGAACUACUCUUGCAAAUCAAAGCCCAGGGUAGGCUUGAAAGCACACAACAGCAACAUAGAGUCUGGAUUGGUUGGUUAAAUGCAGCUACAGAUAAAAUGCGGGAAUGGGAAGAGCUUCGUUUUUAGAUGAGUGCCCCCUUCAUUUAUUUCUUUGUUUUGAUUUUUCCGUUCUAUCGUUCGAGGCAUUUCCUCCGAAGGGAAGAUGGUGCUUGCUCGUCGCAGGGCUUGAAAUCUGUUACUGCUGAGGAAUAUGGCCUUCUGGGAAUCCUCCCUUUUCAUUCCUGGUCUUCCUCUUAGUCGACAGACACAGAUGUAUGCUGCCUUUGGUCUGUUGCUGUCACGUUAACGUAGUUGCACAGUUCCUUGUGUAAUGUUUUAACUGGAGUGUAGCUUAGCUGUCUGUGCUUAGUUUUGUUUUUUGGAAACAGGUUUGUGGAUCCUUUUUGCUCUGGUACUAAGUAUUGGGCCCCUACAGACAGGCCAAAAUAAAGCUGCUUUAGGUCACUUUGGAGGUACGCUGUUUAAACACGCAUACAUCUUAAGAGGCCGGAGCUACACUCCAGUCCUUAGGACUGGAGCAUGGCUUUGGUGCGGCUUCUGGCCUCUUAGGACACAUGCGUCAUUUAAACAGCAUACCUCCAAAGUGACAGCUUUAUUUUGGCCCAUCUGUAAGGGCUCUGUUAUCAGUUUUAAAAAGUCCACUUGUAGGAAGAGGGGAUACUUCAAGGGGAAGGGUUAGAGAAAAGAAUACAAGCUCUGGGGCUGGAGCCAAUCCAGAGGAGCUUUUUGAGGAGAUUGGUGAGGUGCAGGACAUCCUUCCUUAAGGGAAGUGAGAUUGGUUAGGAGGAGAAAGAAGUGCAGAGUCAAUUAAAGGGUGUGGGAGGGUGGGCAGGAGUUUUGGGGAUUAGAUUGUAGGAGCAGAGAUCCCCAGUGAUAUUAAUAACAUUACUAAUGCUUAGUUUCAUCAAAUGCUUUCAUUUUCAAAGGGCCUCAUGAACGAGAUGUCAUCCUGCCCCAAACGGACUGGAAACGAACUCCUCUGGGUUCACAGGUGACCCUUUGGGUCAGUGUGCUACACCAGUACUUCAGACAAAGUCAGCACCCACCCAUUACGGUAACACUGUGGGCUGUUAAACAUGUCACCUGUUAAACCAUCUUUGUUCCCACCUAGAGAUCCCUCUCCACACACACUGGACUGCAACUAGAGCUUGAAGGUUUACUUGAAUCCUUCAUUUCCUAUGGACUUAGGCAUGGCGGGAGCAACAUCCAUGUGGGCUUCCUGUUGUGGGUUGCUGAAUGAAGUCAUGGGGACGGGAGCUGUUCGUGGCCAGCAGCCGGGGUUUGGAAGUGGGGCAAACCCAUUUCGAUUUGCACCAAAUACAGACUUCACUGUGUAUACCUCUUCAGCAGCAGGAGGGAAUCUUGUCUGCCGAUCUUGUGGCCUCACAUUUUCAGUGUUCAGGAAAAGGCAUGUGUGUUGCGAAUGCAAGAAGGAUUUUUGCUCCCUGUGCUCCAUCUUGCAAGAGAAUCUCCGAAGGUGCUCCACCUGCCAGUUGUUGCAGGAGACAGCGUUCCAGCGGCCACAGAUGAUGCGUCUGAAAGUAAAAGAUUUGCGCCAGUAUCUGGUUCUUAGGAACAUCCCGACAGAUACUUGUCGAGAAAAGGAAGACUUAGUGGACCUUAUCCUGCGCCAUCAUGGAUUGGCAGCUGAGCACGAUACAGAUACUAGCAGUUUGUACUCUAUGCGGUCCCAGGCUUCUAGUUUUUCUACACAUCCUACUUCUCUGUCAGGAUCUGUAGCAUCCUCUCAGGGAGAACUUGCAAAUAGACAUGAGAGCACAGGAAAUGAAGUGCAACUACAGGGGCAAAGUGAGAGGCUCUUGGCAGACCUUGGUGAAGAGGAAGAAAAUGCAGAAGAGCAGACCCCAGGGCAGUCUAGGAAGCGCACAAGGGCCUCGCUCUCUGAUAUUUCAAGCCUGGAGGACAUUGAAAGGCUGAGCGUUCGCCAGCUGAAGGAAAUACUCGCCCGCAACUUUGUCAAUUACUCAGGAUGCUGUGAAAAAUGGGAGCUGGUAGAAAAAGUGAGCAGGCUGUACAGGGAGCAUGAAGCAAACCACAGGACACAAGGGGAGAGCCCCCCGCUGCACGAUGAGGACGACAAUCUCUGUAGGAUCUGCAUGGACGCAGUGAUCGAUUGCGUGCUCUUGGAGUGCGGCCACAUGGUCACCUGCACCAAGUGCGGCAAGCGCAUGAGCGAAUGUCCCAUCUGCCGCCAGUAUGUCGUAAGGGCCGUGCAUGUCUUCAAGUCAUGAGUGGCAGAGGCCAGAGCUGGAGGCUUUCCCCUGGCAUGGGGCACCGCAGUCCUGCCCAGAGGCUCCAUGGUAGUCCUCAGUUCCAGUAACUCAUAGCAUCCCGAACAGAAGCAUAGGAGCUUGACAGGUGUAAGUCUGCUUUGGCAGCCUGUUGCCAUCCAGCACAAGAGUUGGACAAAGUGGGCGACAACCAGAAACUGGGGAAGUCAAACUUCGAGCAGCAACUCUGUAGCGCUACUGAUUGCUCUCUUCUGAAGAAUAGCAUACGGAUCAAGAAAUAGAGCAUUGCCUUUGCAAAAACGGAGGAGCAGAUUCUGUUUAAAACCAGUGCCCUGCCCAGUGGAAUAGUUAACUGCAAUCUGGUGGCCUCUUUACUACUCAGCCAUGCUCCCCUCAUAGAUGGGUCAGGGAAAGGGGGGUGGGUUGUGCCAAUUGCCCAGAACGUCAUUCCAUGUAUCUCCAGCAAAGGUUAGUAGCCUUAAUUGCACUAUUUCAAAACUACCCAUUUUUAAAGGGGGAGGGGGAAUUGUGUGAUGUCUUGGUUAGGUUUUGUUCUAAGAUCAAGGACUUUCUUCACACUGAAUGUGGGCAAAUGAGAUGUAGCUAUGCUUUCUUUAAAAAAAACCUUCAAAACAAAAUGCAUACUUCAUGGCAAUUAAGGCUUCUGUGUUUCAAAUGUGUUCUGGUCCUUUUUGGCAAUACUCCCUCAGUUCCCAUCAUAUCUAAAACAGUGGCUGAAGGGAAUAAUUGACGGUGGAGCAGGUCCAAAGUCUGGUUGGGAGAGGCAUCUUAGGUGUGUUCUCCUAGCUGGUUUUGCUGUACAAAAAUGGCCGAGGGAAAGGGCAAGGAAAUAGAUACAAACUGCACAGCUCUACUCUUUACACUCAGAAGUAAGUGGCGCUGUUAGGAAGGAACCAUCUUAACAUGGAAUACAACCCCAGAAAAGGGCCGCUGCUAUGCUGGAAACAGAAGUUUUGAUAGAGGUCCAGCAGCAUCUUUCUUUUAUGUAAAGAACAGUCCUCUUCUCAGUCUGAGGUUCAGCAUAGCCUUGCAAAGAGCUCUUCAGUUGCACAAAACCCAGCCAUUGCUGCUUUGUGUGAAAAGCAGCGCUGUUCAAUGCUUAAGGAACUAAAUACCUGGUGAGGCACUGACACUGAAGAGAAGAGAGCUCUAUAGGCAAAGAGUUAACCAUUUUCAUAUCUUAAAAAGUGAAUUAUUUUUCAGAAGGGAGCAAGACAUUAUGGCUUUAUUUUUAGAAUGAUCUUUUUUAAGAUAAGGUGCAGAAAAUCCAAUGAUGAAGUCCUUGUUCAGGGGAUAUAAGCAUAAAGUGAAUGUAGCCUAUCCAUAAUGUUCUGAACAAUGGCUGUGGAGUAAAUAAACGUUUUAACUGGC